AUGCCUCUCAGACCAUCCACCUGGACGUCCAUGUUCAUGAUCUUCGGCCUCUUCAAUCUAGUCAGUUCGAGCCAGGCUGUCCUAGGUGGCGCGUCGAUCGAUGUGCCGCAAGACUAUUAUCGCAUAUGUCCACUGCCCAGAUGCGAGAGAUGUCCGAGCGACGAGGAGAUUGGAGCACCCGGUAUCGGGUUUGCGUUAGAGACCAGUCACGGCGCUGCCGUUGUCAGGCUCCACGACGGCACUCAUCAGCGGAUUGCCUUGGUCGAAGGCGAUGCCUCGUACACUGCUCUCCUCCGCCGCCUAGCGACUGGCCCGAUGAACCGCACGCCGGAGCAUUUUGAUUCCAACUGGGAGAAGUUACAGUACGUGAAGGCGCGUGCGCAACGCCAUUUAAACAAGCUUCUCGGCCGCCCUGCGACUCCAGAAACAGCCAUCCUCGCCGCCAUGGUCGCUGCGCUCUACAACGAGACGCAGACCUGGCUGGGCGGAGAGCAGCCUAUCGCCGCGGCGGUGCUCAGCUCACCAGACCGCAUCCGGCUGACAGACGAAGAGAUCAACGACGUCUUCGGCUAUCUGAAGCUCAAAAACCUCAUGGCCGAGCCAGACUCGCUCGAGGACCUAUACGCGACAUCAGCAGCGUACGCAGGCUAUGGCCGGGGCCUUUGCACCACCUACACGGACGCAUAUGCGUGUGAGCGCGAGGAGUGGCGCUUCCCAUUCCAGCGUGUCCUGCACAUCGACUUCAACCGCGAGAGCCUGAGCGGCACGAUCAAGAGCCUACGCAGUGCGCGGGACGGGUCAGUGGACGCGGCCUUUGUAGAUCCGGAUCUGGGCCACGCGCGCGAGGAAGUUCGGCUUGCCAUCGCACCCGAGAGUGACGGCGAGCUAUAUUGGGCCACCGUCUCCGCCCGGAUCCGCGAGCUUGUUGUGUCUUUCAAACCGCGCAUCACCGAGCUUCUACUAACCGGCACUUCAGCGACGGACGCGCGCUUCAAGGCUGCGCUUUGGGAUGCGCUGCAUGACAUCGUUGUCGAGGACGUCCUCGCUGUUCUCGACGACGAUGGCGACAAUGCUAUCAACGGAGACGAAUGGAAAGCGACGUUCGACUUUGCGACUGCUCGAGGAGCCGCCGAGGUCGCGAAGCGUAGGCAGGAAGGCCCGGUCAGGUGCGCCCAGAGCGACGAGUGCAGAGAACGCAGAGAACACGGACGGCAGGCGGUGCUUCAGAAUCAAGGAACGAACGGUAAUCUAGAGCUAUAG